CAUUUUUAACAGUUUUAUUUUUUGUGCAUAUAUGGAUCGAGGAUAUGGUCCCAACAAACCCAGUGGCUGAAGAAACCCCUCAGAUUGUCAGCCAGCUGAUGUUGAAACUUUUUAUUAGGUCCCUUUGGCUUGCCCUUUCUAUUUAUUCCCAUCAGAUGCGCUCUUCCUUUCUUCACUACUUCUCCCUCCCAGUCCCAGCCUCCUCCUCAUCGUCUUCUCUUCUCUUAUCUGUAACUAUCUAUUAACUCCAUCCCUCUGUCUUCUUUCUUCUCUUUUGGCCAUGCACUUGAGCUUUCAGCUUAAUUACAAACUAGUCUUGGGUUUUGCAGGCGAAGAAAGAAUGGCAUUUAUUAUUGGGAUCUUAUUAGCAAGCUUCUUCUCUCUCAUCUCCUCGGCCCAAGGCGACAAUUGGGGCUGGACUAGUGCUCAUGCCACCUUCUAUGGAGGCGGUGAUGCUUCUGGAACAAUGGGCGGGGCAUGCGGGUAUGGAAACCUAUACAGCCAGGGGUACGGGACCAACACGGCGGCAUUGAGCACGGCCCUGUUCGACAAUGGCUUGAGCUGCGGGUCUUGUUAUCAGAUUAGGUGCGUGAAUGAUCCACAAUGGUGCCUCCCCGGCAUCAUCACCGUCACCGCCACCAAUUUCUGCCCGCCCGGUGGAUGGUGUGACCCUCCCAACUACCACUUCGACCUCGCCCAGCCCGUCUUCCUCCACAUUGCUCAGUACAGGGCCGGAAUUGUUCCCGUAGCUUUCAGAAGGGUACCCUGCAGAAGAAGGGGGGGCAUAAGGUUCACCAUUAACGGCCACUCCUACUUCAACCUUGUGCUUAUCACCAAUGUGGGUGGGGCCGGCGACGUCCACUCCGUGUACAUCAAGGGGUCAAGAACGGCGUGGCAAGCCAUGUCGAGGAACUGGGGCCAGAACUGGCAGAGCAACAGCUACCUGAACGGGCAAGCCCUGUCUUUCAAGGUCACCACCAGCAACGGCCGGAGUGUGGUUUCGUACAAUGUCGCGCCGCCCAGCUGGUCCUUCGGCCAGACAUUUUCCGGCAGCCAGUUCCGCUAGAAAGUAGAAACCAUAUAUAUAUAUAUGACAUCAUGAUACUAAUUAGCUAUGUGGUGUGGUGUUGGAAAGGCAAAAUGGGGAAGGGUGAAGAGGCCCUUUUCCCCAUUCUUCUUCGGGAUGAUGUGUGUCUGUGAAUCACUGGGUUUAGAAGAUUCACAGUUUGCCCUUGUGGCGAAAAGCCAUAGUAGUAAUGGCGAAGCCCAUUUGGCUUCUUGAGCUAACUAGCUAGGCAAUUGUUGUAAUCAGCUUGAGCUGAGCUGAAUAUAUAUAUUUGGCCUUUGUCCCUCCUCCUAUUCUAUAUAUGCUUAGCUAUCAUGAGAGUGCGAGAGAGCAAUAGAGUGUAAAUCACCAGCUGCGUCUGGUUUGUUCAUUUCAGUCAAUGAAGAGCAUAUUCUUACUUCGUCAA